AUAUUCUAGCAGUUGGUGAAAGAUCUGGUGCUAUAGCAUCCUGUGGCAGUGGAUGUAAAAAGAUCAAAACUGUUAUCUGCACAAAAUGAAAGCAUUUAUUCUGUGAUUCCUACCAUCCAAUGCAACACUGCAUGUUGUUACAGGACUUCCUUACAGAGGUAUACCGGUCAGAGUGAAGUGUAUCGGGGCUCCAGGUAUUUGUAGGCAAUUACAGCACAGUGGGAUCCUUUGUUGUCUCCCCCCUGUUUCUGAGCCAUUAGUUAAAGACUAGUCUGCUGCUGAGUUCGGCCACUUAUUAAGGCUGGUGGUCAAAACUGGAAUGAACAGUUGUUAGCUCUUUGAACCCAACUCAGAUAGUCAUUAUGACAGGGCAGCUAUAAAUCAUGGAAAAGUUAGAGGUAAUUUCAUAUGUUGCGAGGUUGUCAGUGAUAUGUUAAGGUUUUGUUUGAGGACAUACGCUUCAAAGGUUCCAUUUUAGCCAUAUAUUUCCUUUGUUUGAUGCUGUAUACAGUUUUGAGGUUGACUGUAUUAGCCAUCUGUCUACGAUUAUGCUGUGGCAUGAUCCAGUUGGAGUAGUUUCCUUUAUGUAAAUAGCAGAAGUUAAGUAAACUAAGUCGUCACGUUGGUAGGAGAGGGUUGUGAAUAGAGUUACAGUUGAAAUGUGAAAGGGUGAGCCAUUUUCUCUUUUCCUGAACUUUUUUCAUGAGUGAGUCUCAAGGUGAAUAAAGAAUCCUGCCUUAAUACAAGCUGUCCUCAGUCCUCUGUAACGCUGACAAUUGUUCACCGCUGAGUUUGUAAAAGUUUGGAGCGCUGUGCUGAAGCGUGGGGAAUCAGGGGAAUUGUGACAGCUGCCAAGGUUGUCUCUUCAGGUACAUUUGUGCUUUAAGUGAAGAUCCUUGACUGUCUCUGGCAGCAAAACCCCUGCUGGGAUUGGUCUCAUUUAAGAAGUAAGGAUUGAGUGUUUUUCUAAAAACACAGUGCCAGUCAGAGAAUUAUGUGCUGGAGAAUAAUACCUAAAGGCAGCAUCACCACAGCCGGGAAAGAAUCUGUCAAAGGGGAGCCUCCGGUUAUUUUAUUCGGUGGACAGAUGUGGAGAAUCUACCUAAAGGCGACAAGAUGAUAUUUGAGCUAAAUGCUUUUGUCUUUCUGCAGCUGAUGCUUAAAUGACCAAAAUCCUGGCUGUAAAAAAUGCAGACCAGGGAUUGAAAAGAUAAUAUUUGUUCGUCACAGGAAAGUGGUUUCGUUUUUCUGUGAUUAUCUGUUCAUCUGAUUUUACCCUGCAGAUAAAUCAUUGAUUGACCUAUACAUCAGGAGACAAUGCUGCAAGAGUUAUCUGACUUUAUACUUUAGUUUGCAUUUUCUGUAAACUCCUUUGGUGGAUAAAUUAAGCUCUUGGGCACAAAACACAAGGCAAAAACACACCUCUCUUCCCUUAACUAUCUGGACAUACACGGGAAGACAGACAGUAUAAUGUUGUUGUCAGUUGUAUUGUCAUCUGCUUCAAACAGUCUAAGAAUGGAUUUCCAUCCUCCCGAUAUUUGUUUGUUUCUGUGAUGUGCAAAUGUGUUAAGAUGAAUAUUUAUACCAAUUAUAUCGGGUACAGAGCUCUAGAUUUGUACAUUGGCAGAAAAAUACAAAUAUGUUCAUUCAUGAAGAGAUCUCAGGAACAGCUCUCUCACAGGUUUAGAAGGUCUCGUCUAGGAAGUUGUCCAUGUGCUAAGUGAGUUUGACAUAUCUCCCCGUCUUUAUAAACAAUGUGGACAAUUCAGCUACUGUGUAAGAAUGUUGAGCAUCAACAGGAAAUGGCAGGGGGAACAGGAGUGUGUUGUAGUAGCCAUGGUAUGCUGUAUAAUCCUGUUGCACGCUUGUUUAAUAGCUUCACAGCCGUUGUGUCCAAAAGGAAAUGCUGCUGCCUUUCAAUGCAAGUAAUGGAAACAGAACGGGCUGAUUGGUUUAAAAUGUGGACAAAAGCACUCACAGGGGCACCGGGGGAAUCACAAUUGCUUUGCAUGACAAUCGAUGCAAAUGUGAAAUUUCUGUGUUUGAAGCUGGCCAAUGUGACUAAUUGGUGUCACUGUGGGAUCCAUCUGGCAGAUCCACUUCACUGAUUUCCACUUUACACCAUUUGACAUUUUGACCAAAAGUUGCACGCUCAUACUGUCUUGUUACAAGAUAGUGGUAGUAGUUGUUUUAUGACUUCAUAAUGAAAUACAGGUUGAUUGUUUUUAUGAGCAGGUUUUGACAAACAGUGGUCAUUGCACAAAGCACAUGUUUUACAAGAAAGUGCAUUUUUCACACGCACAGCCUAAUACAUUACUGCUAAAAUAGCCUGUGCACCUCCUGUGACAUGGUAACCUGAGAUUGUAGCUAAAUAAACAGAAGGCUUCCUUAAUUUAUAUGAACCCUGCAUAAUUGUCUCUCAAGAACCACAAAAUGCCCGCAUUAUGUCAUUGGCAUUAUUAUUUUUCAUAUUUGAGUAUUGCCUCUUAGCUAUUAAAGUAUGCAUACACUUUCUGAAAGUUGGCAGUAAAUAUCAAAAAUCUAAAUAUUUCCUAUUGCACUACAGGAAAAUAAAUGUUCUGAACAGUUAAUUGGACAUGUUUUGAUUUGUUUAAUUAUACUUGAUUGCCGUUCUUCACAAAUCCACAAAUUACUGAAAAUACAUCAAUCAGCUAUACGGCGUGACAUUUAACAUUAUUACCAUGAACAUGGCCACUGCAGUUUAUUUCCAAUAUAUAUACUAAUGUCCUGGUGCUGUACAUUCUCACUAGAGCUGCAAAUGUGUAUUAAUCCACAGCUGAAAAUAGAAAUGCACAAUGUACUCCUGUUUGAGUAACAUGUACUAAAAACAACAGUGCCCCACUUAUUAAGUCAAUUAUUUCUCCUUUUCAAACUAAGCCAUUCUCAAAGAUGCCAACAUUUUCAGUAGGAACACAGGCUUUUGGACGGAUUUGCUUCGGACCCUUAAAAAAGCUUGGCACGGCCCUGGUAGUCUCUCUCACUCUCUCACACACACACACACACACACAGUUUACACACCAACACAUCGAUAUUCUCUUCCUCUCUCAGUCUCUGAAUGAAAUCCUCUACUACUUUAUCAGCCGAUGAGUUUGUUACGCGAAGGACUUCAGGUUGUUAAUCUAAACGUGACGCGCCGUCUUUUGGAGCGACGGAGCUUUCCCACCGGCUGAAGAAACUCACGUGUGAGAAUGGAAGUGAGCUGCACGUUUGCCGGUUGAUUGGUGCCUCGACGAAAAUUGGCUUCGGUGGAAAUCUGUUGCGCGUCGCAGGUUGAGGAAGCGAGAGAUGAAAUGACGUUAUAGAUGUGAUCCCCUGCGCGUGAGAGGGGGAGACAGAGAGCGGAUGACAGCCAACCAUGAGACCUACCUUCUUAUGGCCAGCACCCAGAAUGACAUGGAGGAUUGGGUGAAGACGAUCCGCAGGGUCAUCUGGGCGCCUUUUGGUGGAGGCAUCUUCGGUCAGAAGUUGGAGGAAACUGUGCGGUAUGAGCGCCGGUUUGGGAACAAGUUGGCCCCUAUGCUGGUAGAGCAGUGUGUGGAUUUCAUCCGGCAGUGGGGCCUCAGGGAGGAGGGCCUAUUCAGGCUGCCUGGACAGGCCAACCUGGUCAAAGAGCUGCAGGAUGCCUUUGACUGUGGAGAGAAACCUUCUUUUGAUUGUAACACAGAUGUGCAUACAGUAGCCUCUCUACUGAAGCUGUAUCUCAGAGAGCUGCCGGAGCCUGUCGUGCCCUUCCACAAGUAUGACGACUUUCUGGCCUGCACCAAGCUCCUCAGCAAAGAUGAUGAAAUGGGUGUGAAGGAGUUGAGACAGCUUGUGGAAAGUCUACCUCCAGUGAACUACAACCUUCUCAAGUACAUCUGCAGAUUUCUAGAUGAAGUCCAGUCAUAUUCAGGAGUGAAUAAAAUGAGCGUCCAAAACUUGGCCACAGUCUUUGGGCCAAAUAUCCUGAGGCCGAAGGUUGAGGAUCCAGUCACUAUUAUGGAAGGCACUGUUGUGGUCCAGCAGCUCAUGGCCGUGUUGAUCGGCCGCCAUGACGUGCUUUUCCCUCUGAAUGAAGACAGCCCCACGGCCCUCGAGCUUGCCAACAACAACAUCGAGCUGCAACGGCGGCAAGCCACCACCUCUACCUCCGCCAACACCACGGUGUCUCAAAAUGCCGAGAACAACAACACGCAGGUGGUGCGACAGUGUGUUUGGGAAGCACCCGAGUCUCCCUCGCACCGCCAGCAGGUGGACAACGGUGGCUCCCCGCGAUCAGCGAGCCCUCGUAACGGUGUCAUAGGACGCUUCGACAUCACCCGCAGUCCACCGCUGACCGUUAAAAAGAACCCGGCUUUCAGUAAAGGCAGCGGGAUUGUCACAAACGGCUCCUUCAGCUCCUCGCCCUCUUCAGACCCCAGUCAAGAAAAGAGCCCGACUUUGACUGGUGGUGGGAGUUUGCUGGUGCGUCGUACUGGGACGCUCAAAGGCUCCGGCACGAGAAUGGGCACCAGCGGCGUGACGAGUGGAAGCAGCUCCGGAGGGAACGGGACUGGAGUUGUGCGCAUGGGCAUUUCCAGCACUGACGUGGUCACAGGAGGUGUGAGCGGCCGCAACGGUCUCUGGGUACCAAACGGCUGCGUGACGUUGCGCGAGACCAAUAAAACGCGCGACUGCCCCCAUGGGGAUCAAACGUCCAACCAGAACCGUCUGUCCACGUAUGACAAUGUCCAGUUAAACCAUCAAAACCUGCAUCAGCAGAACCACAUCACCAACGUGUGUCUGAACAGCAGCCAUGAGGACAAGCAGAGCGUAGACAGCGCCACCUGGUCCACCUCCUCCUGUGAAAUCUCUCUUCCCGACAACUCCACUUCCUGUCGCUCCUCCACUACUACCUGCCCUGAGCAGGACUUCUAUGGAGGCCACUAUGAAGACCUGGAUGGACCAGCACAGGAAAAUGAGCGUCCCCAGUCCGGUGGAGGAGGCGAGGGGGAGGGCAGAAACAGCAACAGGGAAGGAAGUGGAGGUGGAGCAGGGAGGAGCAGUCAGGGGACCAGCAGCAGUAGUAAUAAUAGUGAUGGUUACACUGUUGGUAAUGGACCCGGUGGUCACAGUGCUUUGCACAGUUUAGUGGCCAGUCUUAAACAGGAGAUGCACAAGCAGAAGACGGAGUACGAGGCCAGGAUAAAGAGCUUGGAGCAGCGUAACCUGGAGCUGGAGACGGAGAUGGUGGGCCUCCACGAAGAGAUGGACCAGGAGAGGAAGAAGUACACCAUGGCGGAGAUCAAGCUGCGCAACGCCGAGCGCGCCAAGGACGACGCUGAGCGGCGAAAUCAGAUGCUGCAGAAAGAGAUGGAGCAGUUUUUCUCCACGUUCAGUGACCUUACUGCGACUGGCAACUCCCCCGCCACCGACCCCCGCCGGCCAGAUCGUAACAACACCAUCUGGAUACAGUGAAGGGAGGGCGGGGAAAUGCUAGCCAAGACUGGAAAUGGUUUACUAUAAGACGUGAACGCUACGAGUGCUCCAAACAGGAUUUGGUUGUUGAGGGAAAAGUCGGAAAGUUGCAUUGCAGAGGUUGAUGGCAUGUUUUUAUUUAAGAAAUAGGAGGUGUAGGUCUAAGGCAAGACACCUGUAUAAAUGUAGACAUCACCUGGAGUGAUACCAGACUGACUAUCUGUAAAUACUGCAUUAUUUAAACAGCUUACAGACACUCUCUAACUCAGAAACCGUGGCGGUAAUCACAGUACACCAUGGUCUGUGAUGAUACAUGGUGCUAUCGUUAUUUUACUUUCGCUCCUGGAGCCAUAUAGAAGGGAAAUGUUGAGAAAGGUUGUGUUCAGCAAAAAACAACCUGAAAAUGCAUAAAGACUGUUGGGAACGUAAAGGAGCGUGUUUGGU